UACUUUUGCAGUACAAAAUCAUCCUCGCAAUAUUAGUUUAAAAAAUAAUAUUCAAUCAUGCAAUCAAGGAUAUGAAGGCAACAUUGGAAGCCAAAAAAUUAGUGCCAGAAUUGUUUGUAUCUUCAUCUGCAAAACUUUCAAGGAUGGCGCUUACUGAAAGAAAGAACAUUGUUAUGCAGUUGUUACUGGACAAUCGAUUUCCAGUUAGAGAGGAAAAUGAUAAUUUAUUAAUUGAAGAUAAUAUAUGGAUACAACCUCCAUAUUAUCCUGAAAAUUGUGUAUGUACUAACAGUAUUAUUCUUAGUAAAGUACAGAAUAUUUUAAUAUAUGCAAAUGUUGAAUAAAAUUAACAGUUAACAAAACUGAAA